UGCUCCUGCUGCUGCUGUUCCGCUGUUGUUUCAUUACCUUGUUCUCGUUCUUGGUCUACUUCUCUCAUAGAUCUGGACUCGAACGAUUUCGGAGUUCUGUUUUUAGUUUAAUUCGGAACGGGAAAGAGAUUUAUAGCCAGGAUCUCUGAUUGAUUGGAGAUUUCUCAUUUUGUCUGGUUCUUUUGAAGGAUUUAUUGGAUUUAGUGUUAUAUUUUGAGUGGGUUCGUGGAUUUUCUGGGGUUCUGUAUGUGUGACGAGGGAUUUCCUUGGAUCAUAAUCGAUUGCGUCACCGGGGUUCAUUCGACAAUCGGGUCGGCUGGAUUUUUUUUUUUAAUUUUCUGAUUGUUAAUCGAAGAUGGGUUUUAGAAUCGGUUUUUGAGUUCGAAUGGGCUUUUAUAAGAUUUUCUUGUUUGAGUUUAAUUCGUGAAAGGACGCAGCGAUUCAGAGCUGGGAGCUAUGAUCGGACGGGAAUUUCUUGUUUGCUCAAUUUCUUUUGAUGCAUUUACUGCGUUGUAGCGUUAUUUCUAGUGGAUUUGUGGAGUUUUGAGUGGGAAUUGGAUUGGUUGGGUUUUUUCACUCGUAUUUUCUUCCGAUCUGGCUUUCCAAACUCGGUGCUCUCUUGCGGAAGUUGAUGUCCGGAAAUGAUUAACUUUUUUAUAUUAGUUUGGCCGAUCUUUUCCCUGAAUCAUUCACUUUAAUAUUUAGAAAUAUAAUAAUAGUCGAGCUUUGGUCUGAAGUUUUUGAUUUGACUGGUGUCUGUGACUAUGGUUCAUUUCCUCUCUAAUCUGGGGUAGGUGUUAUUUCUGCAGAGUUUCUUGUUGCUUCUUUGUCUGUAGCAUUUCUUAGUUUAGUGAGUCACAGUGUUGUUGACUUUUAGUACCUUUUAGGUCACAGUGGAUAAUUUACCUGUCAUAGCAUUUAUGAUCUUCUCGUGGUUGAGAUAAAAGGAGGACCAGUAAGUUCAGUGACUAUCGGUGUUGGAGUUUUGCUCCAAAGUCGGAUCCCUUGACCAACCAUCAUUGCUGUCUACUCUGCUUUAAUCACCAAACUGUUCAACCUUGUUGACAAUUUCUGUAGACUAAUUCUUAAUUCUAUAAAUAUUCUGUUGAAGCACUGAUCAUCAUCUGAUAUUUAUCGUUUUGGAGUGUCAAGUUCUCUGCUUCUAGAUUCAGAUUUGCGAUAAUUAGAUCUAUUGUUAUUGGAUCGCAACUCUGCUGUGGGAUGGUCAGAUCCAUCCAUGGAUAUAUAUAUUGCUAUUUUCUUCAACAUAAAAGGUUUCUAAUUUCAGAAUAUAAAAUGAAGAAUAAAGAUCCUAAGCCACGAGCUUAUCCUGAUAAAAGUUCUGGGAUGGUCCUCAUGACCUUGAUGUUCAUAGUACUAUGUGGAUCUUCAUUCUACCUUGGGGGCAUAUUUUGCUCUGAAAAGGUCAUAUUUUUUAAGAAGGAUGGGACACCAGGGAUUCAGUCUCGCAAGGAAACUGCUGUGGCUCCUCUUCAAAUUAAGUCUGUUUCAUUCCCUGAGUGUAGUAGUGAUUAUCAAGAUUACACACCAUGCACAGACCCUAAGAGAUGGAGGAAGUAUGGUAAUUACAGGCUUAGUUUCAUGGAGCGCCAUUGUCCACCAAUGACUGAAAGGAAAGAAUGCUUAGUGCCUCCUCCUGAUGGAUAUAAGCCACCAAUCAGAUGGCCAAAGAGCAGAGAUGAGUGCUGGUACAGAAAUGUACCUUAUGACUGGAUAAACAACCAGAAAUCUAAUCAACACUGGCUGAGAAAAGAAGGUGAAAAGUUUUACUUUCCUGGUGGCGGCACCAUGUUUCCUAAAGGAGUUGGUGCCUAUGUUGACUUGAUGGAAAAACUGAUUCCUGGAAUGAAGGAUGGAACUGUCCGAACUGCCAUUGAUACAGGGUGUGGGGUUGCAAGUUGGGGAGGUGAUUUGUUAGAUCGUGGAAUUUUAACUGUUUCUCUUGCACCUAGAGAUAAUCAUGAAGCUCAAGUACAGUUUGCCCUUGAACGUGGUGUUCCAGCAAUUUUAGGAAUCAUUUCUACCCAACGUCUUCCUUUCCCAUCCAAUUCAUUUGAUAUGGCUCACUGCUCCAGAUGCCUUAUCCCGUGGACAGAAUUUGGUGGGAUAUACCUGUUAGAAAUACACCGAAUUCUUCGGCCUGGUGGCUUCUGGGUGCUCUCUGGACCACCUAUAAACUAUGAAAACCGUUGGCGGGGGUGGAACACCACAGUGCAAGAGCAGAAAGCAGAUUUUGACAAAUUAAAGAAGUUGCUCAUGAGCAUGUGUUUCAAACUGUACAAUAAAAAAGAUGACAUUGCUGUGUGGCAAAAAUCUCCAGAUAAUAGCUGUUAUAAUCAACUCACUGCAGCUUCGUACCCACCAAAAUGUGAUGACAGCAUGGAUCCUGAUUCAGCAUGGUAUGUUCCACUUCGCCCUUGCAUAGCUACCCCAAGCCAAAACUUCAUGAAGUUGGGGCUGCAAUCUACCCCAAAAUGGCCCAAUCGGCUGCAUAUAGCUCCAGAACGUGUCUCCAUGGUUCCAAAUGGGAACUCUGGUGGGUUCAAGCAUGAUGACAGUAAAUGGAAGGUGCGGGUGAAACACUACAAGACCUUGCUUCCUGCUCUUGGAAGUGAUAAAAUUCGAAAUGUCAUGGAUAUGAAUACAUUAUAUGGAGGGUUUGCAGCAGCGCUUAUCAAUUCUCCUGUCUGGGUAAUGAAUGUUGUCUCUUCUUAUGGAGUAAAUUCCCUUGGUGUGGUCUAUGACAGGGGGCUGAUUGGCACCUAUCAUGAUUGGUGUCAGGCAUUCUCAACUUAUCCUCGAACAUAUGACCUCUUGCAUCUUGAUGGCUUUUUUACUGCAGAAAGUCACAGCAGAUGCGAGAUGAAGUAUGUUCUCCUUGAGAUGGAUCGGAUCCUGCGUCCAAAUGGAUACGCGAUAAUCCGUGAAAAUAACUAUUUCAUAGACGCUAUAGCAACCAUUGCCAGAGGCAUGAGAUGGAAUUGCCAGAAACAUGACACUGAAUACAAUGUAGAGAAAGAGAAGCUGUUAAUAUGUCAGAAGAAACUUUGGUACAGCCAGCAAUAAGUAGGAGCCAAGGAAGGCUCAGCAAAAUUCCAAGUAAAACUACAAGGUAUAGAAAACCUUCAGAUUCUUUAAAUGAAAGUAUUCAAUUCAGUGCAGACUUCUCAUAAUUGGGCCUCAUUUAAAGAUUUCCAGACGGAGGUGUUUGCUUUAUCCCCUCGGGUGGUCGAGAGUUUUGUCUUAGAACACUCAAAAUAGAUUACCCAAAAUAGAUUCUGGUUGUCAGAUAUUCUUUAUUAAAGGACAAUAGCAAGGGUAUAUUUGUAAUAGGAUUUGGGAGCAAGGCGCUCAAAAUCAGUUGUACUUUAUGCAUGCUUGGAUGAGUUUUGAGUGCUACUGAUUCAGGGCAUGCAAGUGAAGUGAAAGAUCAUUAGAAUAGAGAAACAUGCAUGUCCAGAUAUUAUUGUGUUUCUGUGUUUGUUAGACUUGUGAACAUCUCUAUCUUCUUCACCCCAGGAAUUUUAAAUAUAAAGCCUAGAAUCUCUCAUUAUUUACCAUGA